GACAAGCUUUGACAUAACCAGUCCUCUGUUAAUGAUGAAUGGAUGAAUGAUCAAUGAGCGGUGGGCCAAAAAUAGCACCACCUCAAAGGAGAUCAUUAUGUCAGCACCCGCCGCGCCGGGGGAACAAUGACUCCCCCGCACGUGACCCUGUUCCCCGAAGCACCAGCAGCUCAGCUCACUCGCGUCCUCACAUCUUCAUCGUUUGUCCAGCUUCAUCCCAUCCCCAUCCCCAUCCUCAUUCCUGCCCUCCCAAUUCCCUACCGACCAUCCCGUCAAUCCUUACUCCGUGCGCUUGAUGCGCAUACCUGUCUAGCCUGAAUUGACCACCUACAUCAAUCCAAUCAGCCCGUCACUACCUAGCUACCAAGACCAACCAAACACCAACCACUGCGCCCACCCCCAAUCCAUCCCCUCUUUCCUCAAACCCUACCAAAACAGUCAUCAUGACCACCGACUACAGCAAAAAGACCAACGCGGAGCUAGUCGAGAUCCUCAAGACCCGCAACCUCCCCCACACGGGCAAGAAAGCAGAGAUGGUGUCUCGGCUCCAAGAAGACGACAACAAGGACGGCGCUGCUGCCCCUGCCGCCACUGACGCUGCUGCCGCGCCCGCGAAACCCGCCGCCGCGGACGACGUCAUUGACUGGGAAGACGACGAGGUCCCCGCCGCGAAGCCCGCCAGCGCCGCCACCAUCGCCGCGGGCGGAAAAGGCGAAGUCGCCAACCCCGUCGCGGUGCCGAACCAGAAACUCGAUACCGAUCCCGCCGCGACGAGUGACUUGAAGGUUGCUGCCGAGGGAGAGGUCCCCGCGCCGCAGGAGGAGAAGAAGUCGGAGGAAGCUCCCGCCGUUGUUGCUGCUGAUGCUGCUGAGGGCGCGAAGGUGGAGGAGACAAAGGAGGAGGAGAAGAAGCAGCCCGCGCCGACCUUCUCGGCUGGUCUCCCGAUCACGGAGAUGGAGGCCGAGUUGAAGAAGCGCAAGGCGCGCGCGGCGAAGUUCGGCGUUACUGAGGAGUCGAAGGCGGCGAUCGAGGCGGCGGAGAAGCAGCUGGAGCGGGCUAAGCGCUUUGGCACUGAAGUGCCGGCUGCGACGGCCGCGGAGGUCGGUGUCAAGAAGCUCGAUGAGGCGCUGCCCGAGGAGAAGUCCCGGAAGAGAGGCCGCGGGGAGAAUGAUCAGGGUGCUGGUGCUGGUGCUGGUGCUGGGGAGAAACAGGGUGCUGGUGGGCGUGCUGGGAAGAGGCGCGAUGUUGGGGCUGGUCGCAAUGCCAACAAUAACAAUAACAACAACAACAACAACAACAACCGGGCCCGUGCGAAGGGGCGUGGUGGGAAUCGUAAUGGCGGCCAGCGGAGACAGCAAAAUGGUGGUGGUGGUGGCGAGAAGAAGGCUGCUGCUCCUGCCCUGAGUGAGAAGGAUAUCCAGGCGAUGGAAGCCCGGAAGAAGCGGUUUGGAACGGCUGCGUAGGUCUACCGAUCUUGCACGAUUCCUUCCUCCCUUCCCUUUCUUUUUCUUUCUUUUUUUCUUAAAUUUCUGUGCCAUAUCUUUGUCUAUGUUCUAUCUACCGGCGUUUAGGGGAAAUGAAAGCUUCACUACGCACAUCA